AUGACAACGAAGCAUCGGACACAGCUGACGAGACGCCCACUGAGUAGCGCAACUUCUAUUCCUGGAGGCAACAAUGAAGAUACCACUUCUGAUCAGAAUUCCACAGAUGACGAUUUUAUUACCCUUAUAAAGCCAUUUUUACAGAGUGGAUGUGAUUGUCACUAUGGGAAAAAUCAAAGCGUGUGCACCAAAUCUUUCGAUUUUGACGAGGUGGUCAAGCCUCGUAUGCAAUGUAUUAAACUUUCCUCUGUAGAACUUGAUCUGGUGAUACUGGGAGCAUUACAAAGUCAUGUGAAUUUCUCCAAUUCUCCAAAAAAAUGCCAUCGGAUAAGUUACUUUUUCCGCGGUGUUGAAGUAUGUAAGAAAACAUCUCUCUUUGUGUAUGGCAUAGGCAAAUCACGACUGGAAAGCUUAAAAGCUCAUUAUAAGAGACAUGGAAUAGUUCCAAGAACACACGGUAACACUUCACAACUGCCUAAAAACACCCUUAAUCAUGAAGUCUUGGACCGAACUGUCACAUUUAUAAAAAACUUUGCUGCUGACCACGCAGUUGCCCUUCCAGAAAGAGCUCCACACUUAAAUAAUUUGAAAGUUCAGCUGCUUCCUUCAUCUGAAAGCAAAGCAUCUGUCUGGCGACAGUGCAGAAAGGUAUCGGAAGAGAAACAUUUGAACGCAGUAAGCUACAGCAAAUUUGUUGCCCUCUGGAACACUUUCACGCCAUAUAUUGUAGCAAUGACUCCCGCAUCUGAUCUUUGCAGUCUCUGCCAGCUUAAUAAUGCUAAAAUAAGUCAAAAUGUCAAUGUGAGCAACCACGAGAAAUGGAAAUGUCUCAGUGAUCAAGAAAUGCAUCUGCAAGAAGCAAAAUCAGAACGGCCUUUUAUGAAAAGAAACAUUGCUGCAUGUAAAGAGGUGUUACAAGACAGCGUAAUCGACCACUUGUCACCCAGGCCCAAAAACUGUUGGGCGAACUUAAAUUAAGCACACGACAAGUUGUACGCGUGCAGUACGAAAUUGAUUGUUGAACGAAAACAAGCAAGCCAUGCUUCUCUCGGUCGGGUGAGAAAAAAGUUAACACUAUAACUAAGAAUUUUUUUCUUACAUCUUGUGAAAAAAAAUAAACAUUGAAUGAUAAUGCAAUGAUUGCAUUACACGUGUUCGAAGGUUUCAGGUUUCUUUUGACGUAUGCAAAUUUCAGCACAGACAAAAUUUUAAAUUCUUAUUUACUUGUUCAUCCUCCAGUGGUCUCUGCUGCUGUCUCAAACAUCUUCACUCAAUUUUAAUUGCACUGAAUGCUUUCUUUAACAAUAAAGUUUCAGUGCAAGAUAUUACAAUCGUGUUGUCCAAGGUGUACAUGUAAUGUAAUUCAAUAUUCUGUUCUAAAAAUACGCUGGGAAGGCGAUGGUGUCAUUCCUGUCACUUCGUCAAUGCCAUCACUAACAGCAUCCUCACGCACAUUUGUCUUAGUUGAUUUUCUUGCUAUGAGUCUUCAUGAAACAAAAAAAACUUGUCAUCCUUUGAUCACCACAGCAAAGGGAGAAUAGGAAGACUAGCUCGAAGAUCUGAUAUUCUUGACUGAUUUUAAUAACACUGCAACACGGAGUCGUUUCAGUCUGCAUUCACAGGACCAGCUAAAUACAAACUAAUAUCAGUUUGAGAG